CGUGUCGUCGGCAAGAGAGAGAUCGUGAGACAAGAAAGGGCCCGGCGGCUCGAGGAGCUACCGCCGCCGUUUCGUCUCGACUGCUUCGCGCGGCGUUGCGCCGUAACGGAGUCAAGGUAACGCUCCCUCCAAUCAAGGAAACUAUCGCCGGCAUGGCUCGCCGUUGAAAAAGCGCCCAACCACGACGACGUCGACGGGGUGACGUGUGUGCCGCCUUGGCUAAAGCUGGUUGUGCGUCGUUGUUUUCACGGUGGGCACAACACGUGCGGCAAGUGCACGCCAAGGAUUUCUCCGUGGUUCCGGAAAAGGUAGCCUGCGACGACGACCGAGAUGCGAUACCUGCUAACCCUUCUCGGCUGCGUGGCUCUGGGCCCGCUCUUGAGCGCCGGAGCCAAGUACGUGCGGGACGACCCGAACUGCGGGGAUGAAGCCAUCAAUGCCUGCGGGACCGAGUUCAUCGCUUUUUGCCAUGGACCACGCCUACCGGAAAACGAAACACACCUCGCAGAAAGCUGCAAGCGUCAGCUGAAGGGCAUCGACUGCGCCAACGAGUACUCGGAGCGCUGCCUUCUGGGCUUCUUUCGUGGCUCGGCCGUAGCGGCGUUGAUAACGCUGCAGGAGGAGACGGAACGGAAGUGCGACGCUACUCACCCGGACCACAAGCGCUACCUGAAGAGCGCCCCAUGCCUGAACAAGGCCGGUGACCGGAUCUACAAGUGCGUGCAGAACUUCCGGGAGGACCUGUACCGGAUCGCUCUCCAGGCGCCGCCCAAGGAGAAGAUACGUUACGCGUGCUGCGAGUACAGCAAGCUGUUCAGCUGCAAGCAGAAAAGCCUGAGCGAGAACUGCAAGGACCCCAAGGCGAUCCAGUACGUCCGCGAGACGGCCGAGCACACCCUGCACCAGCUGGUCAAGGUCUUCUGCGGCCGCUACGAAAUCGGCUCCGACGAAUGCGCCGCGCUCGAGAAGCUGCCUGCGCUCGACUCUGAAGAGAACGCGCCCAAGAGCUUCAUCCUGCUGCUCAAGUCCUUCACCUCCAGCGUGCCAUAAGACCAUCAGUCGUGGCCAGCGCAAAUCCGUCGGGAGCGUGGCAGACUGGAGUUUUACUUUCAGGCAGUUUCAGCGGUGUCAUGGUUGAGAUGCGAGGACUGAAAGUAACGUGAAAUUGCAAGCUUACUAUACGUCGUGUAUAUAUAUAUAUAUAUAUAUAUAUAUAUAUAUAUACCAGUGCUACACAUAGAUGAGAAGAAGAUGUAUAGGGUGGCAUUCGGGAUGAAAAGUCGGCAACGACAUUUUACAAAGCGCGGUGUAUCAGCAAAAGCUGCAUAUUUCAGGUGAAUAUACGAAGCUGCAGUUUCGGCGGAGCUUUUAACAUUAAAGAAAAACUGGUAAGCUUCCGGCUUCAUGAAAUUGCAACACGUUAAAUGCUUUCUUUUGGGUCUUAUGAUAACACUCACGUUUCCGACUUGCCAUCUUCGUUCAUCUCAGGGGGUUCUGUUCCGGAGGCUAAUUUUUCAUUCUCUCCUGGCCCUCUCUUUUUCUUCAUGAAUCACUACAGGAGGUAAACAACAACUACUGUUAGUUUAUUGGCUUGAAAGUGUCAACUGCAAUCGCACGAACAAAUUCACAAAGGUAAAGGAGAGGCGAUAAGUAAGUUCACAGUCGAGUAGGCGUACUCAGCGUUAACUCACUCACUCGGUGGUGUAACGUGCGCAAGCGGGUAUUAAAACUGGAUCCAAACGCGCACGAAGGACUACAGAGCGUCUAUGGGCAUACAGCGCUGAUUUUUAUCUCAAUAGUUCUGUUAUCAUCUCUUAUACAAGGGCUUUCUUACUCAAACCUCUAAGCCAGCUUUUGGGAGUUACUCUAGCCUAUUGCUGUUUGUUGCAAUCGCAGAUGUCAUCGUCAUUUAUGAGGUGCACAUUAAUUCUUUCUGAGGUGUCGUUGCUGAACGCCAUCCAUUUUCCGUGACUCCGAUCGCGGCAAAUGGAGAAAGAUCGAGCCGCUCACGUAGGAAGUGUGCUUUGCUGAUAGAAGCGCCAUUAUGAAGUAAGCCUGGAUACCGGCAGUAGAAAUCUGAAGGGUUUCACGACGCCACUUGGAGGCUCGAAUAGGAAGGAAAAACAGGCGUGCAAACAUGGACAGAAGUACAGCCAGAAGGAAGGAAAACAUUUAUUGGGUCCUGCAAGUUGUGAAUUGUCUCACAAAGUGGGCUGCUCCCACGUAGAGACCGGCAGGCAGAGCAGAACAACAACAGAAGACACAAAGCUGCCGUUCUCCUUCUCGUUCUUCGCUCUAAAAAAGAAAAAGAAAGAGAAAAAAGUUUGUGCACUUUGAUGCACACCUAGUCCCCACACAAUAUUCGUCAUCCAUAUUUAGUGCAUUUAAUUUCCUUCACGCUGCACGCCCGCUUCUUCCAGGCCACGAAUGGUGUGUGCAUUAGCAGCGUGACAUGGCAUUCUUGGCAGGAAUGUACAGCGAGCGCGGAGUUUUCAAAAAUUGAAACGUGCAGGUAAGACGGCAGACGAUUAUGUUUUGGAGGCAAGAGACGGCCCGAAAGGGUGUAGACUUAGUUUAGAGCAUAUACUUGUAUCCGUGUUUAGCACGCCUGCUUUUCUUUAUACCUUGAAUCCCUACCACCUUGCUCGACAUCCGGUCGUUCUAAACAGACGUUCAGUUUCUGCAAGAUAUAGUGACGUCUUUCCUUCAUGAAUAAAUACCAGUCUGUGGAGAAUCCUGCGACAAACUAGUUGUCAUCAUUCUUACUUCAUGAAAAUAAUCGUUCUCUCGUAGCUCCCACCUGGUGUCGCACGCUGCAUAUACCAUCUGUUGCUUCACCAGGCACGUACGUGUAAGUUUUGAAUUAGUGGAAACGCUGUUUGUGAUGACUUUAACUCAGUGAUUAGCGGCCUUCUGCGCGUCAGACGCUAAGCGCAAAUGAAUAUGCAAGAAUCGUGCUAGCGGAAUGUGAGUGUAGUUCACCAACGCUCUGCUCAGUGUAAUCAGGGAAGAUGGCGACAUCUGUCCACGUAUCAGCUUCUUGCCUGACAAUGAAUUCGCUGUUUUCCGUAUUGUAUCUUACGCUCACAGCAAAUGAAAGACGCAACAGGAUGUGACUUUCCCUGCUGCUUGCGGACCCACUUCGAAAAUCAGGCAGCGAAGCGUCGUAUUUAAUAAAUUUAGCUAGUGAUUUCCGACUUUGUAAGCCUAUAGUUGUCGAUGCAGGCUGUAUAGGCCUAACGCGUCGCCAUGGAUACGCCGCCGAGCGAAAACCAUCGUUAAGUUUCAGCACUUGCAUUGCGUCGCCCAUAACGGCAGAAUGACGAGCAUUAUUUAGCCAGUUGCAUAUUUUUUUGAAGUCCUCCUUCCAUUGUCAUGCAUCGGAGACGAUGACACCAUGAUUGCGGCCGGCUACUUCUUUCGCUUAGCUGAUAUGUAUAUCGAUUGUAAAAACGUACCAAAGCAGUGCGCAUUUUUAGUUACGAAAUCACAGACCAAACUGUCGCAUCUUACUUUCUUUGUUUUUUUUUUGCUUUAACCAUUAUCAACAAAGCCAGCUAGCGCCACAUAACACGCAUCACACUCAGCAUGUAGGUAAAACAUAGUUACCAACAUAGAUUAAACGUGAAAUUAGCACGCCGCUUCGCUACUGCUCAAUGAGUCAAAUAUGGCCAGAUUGGUCCGCUAUCACACUCAGAACAUUUAAGCGCACGCAAUUGACGGCAAGAAAUGAAAUCUAGACAGCCAAGCAGCCGCAGCGUACACAUUUUCUUUCUUGAAGCAAUAAAUGCAUUAUCAAUC